GCUAAUUAAACUAGACCGCUUUCCAACUGAACAGCUUCAUCUUAUGCUUUACUCUUGUCUCUCUGUCGAACAUGGAUGCAUCCAAGGAAGAGUUCCUCAGAGAGUUCGGGGAGGACUAUGGAUACCCAAACGGACCCAAGUCCAUCGACGAAAUCCGAGCUACCGAGUUCAAGCGAUUAGAUGGGAAUGUGUACUUGGAUCAUGCUGGGGCUACUUUGUACUCUGAGUUGCAGCUGGAAGCAAUCUUUAAGGAUUUAAAUGCCAAUGUGUAUGGAAACCCACAUAGUCAAAGUGAUACCAGUUCUGCCACAGGUGACAUUGUGAGGGAAGCUCGCCAACAGGUUCUCGACUAUUGUAAAGCCUCCCCAAAAGAAUACAGCUGCAUAUUCACUUCUGGGGCAACAGCUGCCCUGAAGCUAGUAGGGGAGGCCUUUCCUUGGAGCUCUCAGAGCUGUUUUACAUACACGACAGAGAAUCACAACAGUGUCCUUGGGAUUAGAGAAUAUGCUCUUGGUCAAGGUGCUGCAGUCUCUGCAGUAGACAUUGAAGAGCAUGUGCAUCAUGGAGAAUCAGGUGGUACUGUACCAUCCAUGAGGGUCUUGCAGCACGAAGUACAGCGAAGAAAUAAAGCUAGAUGUAUGGAGGAGGAACCAACAGGUGGGGCAUAUAACUUAUUCCCUUUCUCCUCAGAGUGCAAUUUCUCAGGACUGCGAUUCAGCCUGGAUUUGGUGAAGAUAAUUAAAGAAGAUCCAAAUAAAAUUAUGGAAGGCUCUCCAUUUUGCAAUAGCCGCUGGAUGGUCUUGAUUGAUGCGGCAAAAGGAUGUGCUGUAGAACCUCCAGAUUUAUCAUUGUAUCCGGCAGACGUUGUUGUUAUAUCUUUUUAUAAGCUAUUUGGCUAUCCAACUGGACUUGGCGCACUUAUAGCUUGAAAUGAUGCUGCUAGAGCACUGAAGAAAACUUACUUCAGUGGAGGUACAGUUUCUGCCUCAAUUGCUGACAUCGGCUUUGUCAAAAGAAGAGAUAGUGUGGAAGAGCUGUUUGAGGAUGGCAGCAUUUCAUACCUGAGCAUAGCAUCUAUUCAACACGGGUUCAAAAUUUUGAAUUCACUGACUAUAUCUGCCAUAUCUCGGCAUACAGCAUCACUUGCCUUGUAUGUAAGGAAGAAGCUUCUGGCUUUGAGGCAUGAAAAUGGAGUCAAGGUCAGCACGCUUUAUGGCAUGUCAAAGGCAUUAUGUCAUGGAUUUGGUCCAACAGUCUCAUUCAACUUGAAAAGGUCGAAUGGCACUUGGUAUGGAUACCGUGAAGUUGAAAAACUGGCAUCUUUAUCUGGAAUUCAGGUACGGACAGGAUGCUUUUGCAAUCCCGGUGCAUGUGCUAAAUAUCUGGGCUUGUCUCACUUGGAACUUCUGUCAAACAUUGAGGCUGGCCAUAGUUGCUGGGAUGACAAUGACAUUAUUCAUGGAAAACCUACAGGAGCUGUGAGGGUAUCCUUUGGUUAUAUGUCAACAUUUGAAGAGGCAGAGAAAUUUAUUGAUUUUGUGACAAGUUCCUUUGUAGCAUUGUCACAUGGGAUCAAUGGGUAUCAAAUAAAGCAAGGUCCUGAAGGCAGAUCAGCAGUAAGAAGUUUCUCUUUGAAGUCUGUUACUAUCUACCCAAUAAAAUCAUGUGCAGGAUUCAAUGUGGAAUGUUGGCCUCUAGCAGUUUCAGGUUUGCGUCAUGAUCGAGAAUUGGUUCUUACAAGCCGAAGUGGUGAAAUCCUUACACAAAAGAAGGUCCCUGAAAUGUGCUUCAUAAGUACUUUUAUUGAUCUCAAUAAGGGAAUAUUGUUUGUAGAGUCACCCCAAUGCCAAGUGAGACAGUCCAUCAACUUUAUGUCAGAUUCAUGUAAUGCUGGGAGAAAAGAGAUUACUUUAAAUGGCCAGAGAUAUGAUGUACAGGUUUAUGAAAAGGAAAUCAACAUAUGGUUUAGCAAUGCCAUUGGGCGUCCAUGCACGUUAUUACAUUGUUUUAGUUCAAAAUACAACCUUGGCAUGAGCAAGAGAAAAAGUAAGGAGACGUGCAGAAGGAUGGAGAGCAUGUUGAAUUUUUCUAAUGAAGCUCAGUUCUUAUUAAUAUCGGAGGAAAGUGUAUCUGACCUCAACAACAGACUAAAAAGAAAUGCACAAAAGGGUGCUCAAGGAACAGGAGGUCAAAUCGAUUUAAUGAGAUUUCGGCCCAACCUCGUCAUAUCUGGUGGUGAACCAUAUGCUGAAGAUGGAUGGAGAAGCCUAAAGAUUGGGAAUAUGUGUUUCACAUCUUUGGGUGGAUGCAACCGUUGUCAGAUGAUCAACAUUGUUCAUGAAGCUGGACAAGUAAAGAAGUCACAUGAACCUUUGGCGACCCUUGCAUCUUAUAGGAGAGACAAGGGAAAAAUCCUGUUUGGGUUACUGCUUAAGUACGAAAAAAGCAUUGUAGGGUGGGAUGGCAACGAGAAAGAUGGGGAUGAUUUGUGGCUUCAAGUAGGACAGGAUGUACUUCCAAAUACAGUUUAGCGUUAUAGCAUGCAAAUCGAGCAACCAAUCUAAAACACAUUCCAUCAUCACAGGUUGAACUGAAUACUAUGCGAUGAGAUUUUGUAUCACUAGCGUGCCAAUCCUCUUUAAAAAUUUUGACUUACUGCUAUGUUCUACAGUGCUCCAUAACUUUAAUGCUCGCUGGCCUUGUGUGGAUUCCAAUUUGCCCCUCAUUUCGGAAUCCAACUGUUGAAGGUUGAAGAUCGCUCAGCACCACAGUUAUUCGGUCAUACUCGUACUAGUUGUACUCUGAGGGGUUGAUAUCAACUCGACCUUUACCAAUAGGGUGCUGCUAAAUGUACCCAACAAAUGUCUAAGUAUACCCAGCACAUCAAUUGCAGUCACAAGUUUACCCGUUUUCCCCCUAUACUCUUCAUACCCAGCACAGAUUUCAUAAAACCAAACCAAACCAAGCAACCCGAGCUCUCUUCCAUGACCAGAUUUUGAUUCAUGAGCAAUACAGAUUGACAUCAAUUAAGUUUUGGUCCUAUAUUGAAAGCCAGCCCCCAAAACACUAAAAAACUAGACUGUAGAAUGGUUUUUUCCAUUACUAUAGUUGUAGAAUGUUCAUAUAGAGAAAACCCAGAACUUGGUGCCAAUCGGUCAUUCAAAUAAUUAUGUUGUAGAAUUGUACGGACAUGAACAUGCAAUUUGAAGUCACCAGACCCUCUGUGGGAUUUCAAACUUUCUUCACCUCAGCAGGGUUGAUAAAUGAUAAUGUACUCAUCGCCCUGUGCAACUACCCAUCAGAAACGUGUUCCUCCUUAGCUCAACUAUUUUCAUAUUACCCAUCAUUAUGUUAUGACU